CCCGCUCUUUUCCCUCCCUCCCCUAGACACACACCCUGACACACACCCUGACAGAGAGGGACAGAGACAGAGACAGAGACAGACACGGAGUGUGUCCGGAGCCUGGGACAGGCAUGAGGCGCUGCCGGGUAACUCUUUCUCUGUGACGGUAACUUCCUGGGGAGUUAAUGAUGGCAGGCUGUGACUCCAUCAGUAGCCCAGUGGUGCGACAGAUUGACAAGCAGUUUCUGGUCUGCAGUAUUUGUCUUGAUCGAUACAACAACCCCAAGGUGUUGCCAUGUUUGCAUACAUUCUGUGAGAGGUGCCUGCAGAAUUACAUCCCACCCCAGAGUCUGACCCUGUCAUGCCCUGUCUGCCGUCAGACCUCAAUCCUCCCUGAGAAAGGAGUGUCCGCUUUGCAGAAUAAUUUCUUCAUCACCAACCUGAUGGAGGUGCUGCAGGGCAAUGCAACCUGUAGCCAGGAACAAGCCUCUCUGAAGGAGACAGUCAGUGCAGUGUCUGGACACUCUCUGUCAUGUCCCAACCAUGAAGGCAAGGGGAUGGAGUUUUAUUGUGGAUCCUGUGAGACAGCGAUGUGUGGGGAGUGUACGGAGACGGAGCACUGUGAUCACCGCACCGUGCCACUCCGUGACGUGGUCGAUCAGCACAAGGCCUCACUCCGGCUGCAGUUGGAUGCCAUCAAAUCCCGGUUGCCCCAACUGAACGCCGCCAUUGAGCUGGUUCAUGGGAUCUGCCGACAGCUGAUUGCCAACAAGGACAGCGCGGUCACUGAGAUUAGUGCCAGCUUUGAGGAGCUGCAGCAAGCUGUUCAGCUACGGAAGGCCUCGCUCAUCUCAGACCUGGAGGGGCUGUGUAACAGUAAACAGAAGGUUCUUGAGAAGCAGUUGGAGUAUCUGCUGCAGGGUCGGGAGAAAAUCCGGAGCAGCUCAGAAUUCACGGAGCAGGCCUUGAGUCACGGCACGGAGACGGAGGUGCUCCUGGUGAAAAAGCAGAUGACGGAAACGUUGAGUGAGCUUGCUGCACAAGACUUUCCUCUCCAACCUCAGGAAAAUGAGCACCUAGACCUGAGGGUGGAGACUGAUGGGGUGAGGAAAUCCAUCCAGAAUCUCGGAGUCCUGGUUACCACCAAUGCUGUGGCACAGCAGACUGUAGCCACCGGAGAGGGCCUUCGGCAUGCUGUGGUUGGCCAGCAGACCACAGUUACUAUAACAACCAAGGAUAAAGACGGAGAGCUUGUGAAGAGCGGUAACGCGAUCCUGCAGGCAGAGAUCAUUGCUCCUGAUGGCAGCUCCACUCAGGGUGAGAUUGUGGACAAUAGGAACGGCACGUAUGAGCUCCUUUACACACUGAAGAUGGAGGGCGACUUCAUACUGUCUGUGACUCUGUAUAAUCAGCCUGUCAAAGGGAGUCCUUACCGAGUCCGAGCUACCAAACCCUCUGACUCUUCACAUUCUCCUGAGGACGUCAAGCGCAGGGUCAAAUCUCCAAGUGGUGGCCACAUCCGUCAGAAAGCUGUCCGCCGUCCGGCCAGUAUGUAUGGCACUGGCAAAAAAAAGGACAAUCCCAUUGAAGAUGAGCUGAUUAUUCGUGUGGGGACCAGAGGUCGAGAGAAAGGGGAAUUCACCAACCUUCAAGGAAUCUCUGCUUCAGGAAAUAAUCGUAUCGUGGUGGCUGACAGCAAUAACCAGUGUAUUCAGGUCUUCUCCAAUGACGGACAGUUCAAGCUACGAUUUGGGGUCCGAGGACGGUCUCCAGGCCAACUGCAACGGCCAACCGGAGUGACCAUCGACCCCAAUGGGGACAUCAUCGUGGCUGAUUAUGACAACCGCUGGGUCAGCACCUUCACCCCUGAUGGCAAGUUCAAGGGUAAGAUUGGAGCUGGGAAGCUGUUGGGACCAAAGGGAGUUGCUAUCGAUCACAAUGGUCACCUGAUCGUGGUGGAUAACAAGGCUUGCUGUGUCUUCAUUUUUCAGUGCAAUGGGAAGCUGGUGUCUCGGUUUGGGGUGCGUGGCACUGCAGACAGACAGUUUGCAGGUAUACUGGACGGCCCUCACUUUGUCGCCGUGAACAACAGACAUGAGAUCCUGGUGACCGAUUUCCACAACCACUCAGUGAAGGUUUAUAAUUCUGACGGUGAAUUCCUCUUCAAGUUUGGAUCACAUGGAGAGGGGAAUGGACAGUUUAAUGCUCCCACUGGGGUGGCUGUUGAUAGCAAUGGGAACAUCAUCGUCGCUGACUGGGGAAACAGCCGAAUCCAGGUGUUUGACAGCUCCGGGUCCUUCUUGUCUUAUAUUAACACCUCUGCUGACCCUCUGUAUGGACCACAGGGUCUGGCACUGACCUCAGAUGGACAUGUGGCUGUUGCAGACUCGGGGAAUCACUGCUUCAAGAUUUACCGAUACUUGCAGUGAAUCAAACUUCCAGAACUCUGUCGGAGGCCUAAACUGAGGCCCAGUUUAACUGCUGUGCAUUUUGUCCAUCGCAGGACAAGUGAUGCUUUUGGGUUUUGUGUUUUUGUUGUAAAUGCAGAAAGCAGCAAUGUUUGAGCAAGGCCCAAGGUCAGAGUUCACCAAUGGGCAUACCCAUUGCCUAGAUACAAAAUGAACACUUGACUCCAACACUAGCCCAAAGGGGUUUGUCCAGAAAGUCCUGCCCAUUUUCAUGGAAACUCCUCAAGACAAGCUCCCCAAGUAAGGAGGAGGAAUGGGCCCUUUAUGGCAUAUGGAGCUCUCACAAGGCAGACCUUCCAACGCACAGGCUCACCUCCCCAACACUGAAUCAAUAACAGUCAGUGUGUGUAUGGGAACCUGUACAGUUAGAUUCUGUGUCUGAAUGUGUGUGAGUGUGUGUGAGAGAGAGAGAGAGAGAGAGACCCUAUACCCUUCUUAGAUGUAUGGCCCAUACCCCGGAGAAUGUAUAUGUGAGGGAUCAGUUGCUGCAUACCCUGAGGUAGAUUCUGUACAAUUGGAAUUGCUAAUCGCUGUGAUCAGUGUUUUACUGAUGGUUUGUGCCUGGAAUCAAGAGCAUUAAUGUGUCAGUUUCCAUGGAUCAUGUUGGGGGAGAUGUAAAUAAUAGGAAAUUAACAACUACAAAGACAAUCGACAUUCUGAUUUCCAUCCAGUCGCACAAUUGCACUUUUAUGUUUACUCAUUCUUGAGGUGUGGGUGUCCCUGGCUGUGUCAGCAUUUAUUACCCAUCCUUAGUUGCCCCCUUGAGAAGGUGGGGGUGAGCUGCCUUCUUGAACCUCCGCAGUCCAUGUGCUGUAGGUAGACCCACAAAACCCAGUGGGUGUGAAUUGCAAGAUUUUGACCCAACAACACUGAAGGAAUUAUGAUAUAUUUCCAAGUCAGGAUUGUGGUGGCUUGGAGGGGAAU